AUGAAGAUUGUUUAGUAUGUCCUGGUAUAAAGGGAAGAACUGGUAUCCUCCACUAACCAACUGGUUAUUUUUAGUGGAAAGUUGUGGAUCCAAGAAGAAAGUUCGCUUCCCACUGUUGUGCCUGCUAGCAUCUCAAUAUCUCAUGUCGGAAAACCACACGAAGUAGGCCUAUUGCAGUUAUAAAGGAGAAUAUUUUAUCAUGGUAGAGAAGUAUCGCGUAUCUUUUAUGCUCUCUAAUUGGAUUUUUAACUGUGUAGCAUGCAGCAGCCUUAAUUUUCUUAAAAUGUAUUUUUUUUACAGGAUGUGUAAUCUGGGAUGUGUAUAAUUUAAUGGAAUCAUGAUUGCCAACUGGAUUUCUCGGACAGGUUGAUGAUUCGACAGACCUCCCCGUAUUUCAAUCGUAUCCAAUAUUAGUGGAGUCCAUACAAGUUAUAUAAAUUAUGUUUGGGUUUCGCUAAUAUUGAAAGCGACUGAUAAGACACCAUCGAUAUUCAUUGCUGAUUAUGUAGUUGCCCACACCUUAUUUUCCGAUUUCCUUUUGGGAAUCGGAUCAGCUCCUCCAAGGCCAUAUGCUUCAAACACUAUUGAUGAUCCCCUUAUCUUAUUUAAACUUUCAAGGUUAAAACCUUGAUCAUUUUUUUGAAGUUUACAAGGAAUUUUCUCAGCGUCACACCAGUUGUAGUGCAAUUUUUGGAUUAGUAGGACGUUCCGUGUUGAUCGCUUUUGUGUGUUGUUUGAAAUCGACGGUUGGCGAUGGACAACAUGUUGACAGAAUACGACCCUGAUGUUCCUGAUGAGUUGAAGUACGAAGACUGUUUAGAAAGUCCUGGUAAAAAGGGAGGAACUGUUUUCUUUCAUAAACCAACCGGUUAUUUUUACUGGAAAGUUGUGGAUCCAAGAUCAAACUUCGUUUCUCACCUUUGUGCCAGCAGGCAGUUCAUGUCGGAAAACCACACAAAGUAUUGCAGUAAUAAAGGAAAAGAUUUUGUCAUGACAGAAAAGUGUUGCAUAUUUAUCGGUUCCGGUGGCCGUCAUAGUCAUCCCCCGCCCAGCAGAUUCAAUAUGGAGCUAAUGGUUUUCAAAUGGGAAGCCCAACUGACGCAGAUCUUAAAGGCCAAGACGGUGAACGAUAUCUGGAUCAUCAAUAACAUGUAUCAAACAUGGCCUUUUGCUCUGGUUUUCACUAAACCACGGCUGAAGAAUUUGUUAAGAAUAUCACUCAACCAUGCUCGUCGUAUAGGUUUGGCAAAACCUGGAAGUAAAGAUAACCAAAACAGUCAAAUCUUUUACGAUAAAUUUGACCUGGUCAAAGUUAAGGCCAUGAAAUCGUUAUUGCUGACAUCCGUGAAAUAUUGGGGUCCACCUUUGCCUCUUGAUAAUCGGACUCGUAAGGUCAAAUGCUUCGAAUGUUGCAAGGAAACCUUAAAUAUUACUAAACGUAACCACAGUAAUUCCUUGGAUGACGAUUCACCACUAAUAUUAAAGGGCGGAAAAAGAAAAUGUCGAAUUAUUGUAGAUUCUGACAGUGAAUCAUCUUCGGUUACGCUUAGAAAAGAGAAAGUGAACAAUGGUCCUAGUUCUAAUGGAUUACGUGAUGUGCCCCGGAAGAGGCUCCAGCCAAAAGAAUCCAGUUUUGUUAUGGAAGAAUCCCCACCACCUAAAGUUAGGGAUGGUCGAUCAGCCAAGACUUCUCCAUUCCGUUCUGGCACUGGCUGCGGUAAAAGUUCUGCUAUCUGUUACUUGGAAAUCCCAGACUCAUUUUGGGUAAAAAUUGCAAGUUUAGAACAGUAGAAACAUAGGACUUAAAUUUUCAUUAACCUUUAUCAUUAUUUCCUUUGAUCGAGUAAAUAUGGCUUCUUCAAAUAUGCUGCCUAUACUGAAUGAAAAUUUUUUAUCUUGAAUUAAAAAAACUUAAUUUUUCCUUUUA